GUGCAUCGGAAGCAUUUCAUCAGUUUAAAAAAAAACUAUUGAGCAUUAUAAUACACAAAGUUUAUCCAAGUACAACAUGUUCUGAUACAGGGUGGGUAUCAAUAGUUAUUUUUCUCUCUUGCUGAAUUGUUUAAUGAUCCAUAACGAGUUUGAAAGUAAACCAGGACACACCCCCCCUCCACCCCUGUGCUUAUGUUUGUUCAAUACCCCUCUGCUGUUUAUGUCUGAAUCACCUAGUAUUCAUAUUCUGUAUUUGAAUCUGAUUAUUUGUGUGUUUUUAUUACAGUUACUGUAAGUCUGCUGCUGGCAGCUCCUCCCACCGCGCUAUAAGAGCCCAGCUGAGCAGGUACUCGGUGUCCAUCCCUGAAACAGACCCGUCCAAACCGACGCGAGGAAAGCCGGCCAGCUGUUAUUAAAAAUCCUGCUUUUUGUUUUCCCGGGUGGUCACAUGCCGCCCGCGUGCCACAUCGACGCGCCGGGUCGGUCCCUGCGUCGGCGCUCGGUCUGAUCUCGCCCGGGACUCGUCAGACUCUCUCCCAAAGAUGACUUUCGCCAUGCUGCGGCCCGUGGCGACGCACUUGGUCUAUUCCGACUUCACCGUCAACUCCGAGGAUGACGAGAACCGCAGCGAAAGCGACGGCGGCAGCUCGGAGCAGAGCUACGGCGACUCCAGCGAAAAACGGAGACGGAUUUCGCGCAACCGGGACGGCGAGCCCCCGGUGGUCGUGAAACAGAGGAGCGCCGCUAACGCCCGGGAGAGAGGCAGGACCCAGAGUGUCAACACGGCGUUCACAGCUCUGCGGACCCUCAUACCUACCGAGCCAGUGGAUAGAAAGCUCUCCAAGAUCGAAACUCUUCGACUGGCGUCCAGCUACAUCUCCCAUCUGGCCAACGUGCUUCUGAUCGGAGACGGCGGCGGCGCCGACGCACAGCCGUGCCUCGGCUCGGUCCAUGCGCAGGGAGAGAGCGGCGCGCUGCAGCCGCGCACCAUCUGCACCUUCUGCCUGAGCAACCAGAGGAAAGGGAUAAAGGAUGGCAAAGACUGUUUAAAGAUGCGUAGAAUGGGUCCGCUGCGAAUGGGACGCUGAGUGAAGGCCAGUGAUCGAUUAGCGACCUGACAACCCUCACAAACCUUCUCAGGGAAGAGCCAAAGCUGGUGUUACACAGCGCAUACUUACACACACACACACACACAUGCUGGAUCAAAUGAAGGAAAUCAAGAAGAGACUAUUUAUACUUGACCAAGAAAAUGUAAUCAUAAGCCUCUCAAAGAUGCAGUGCAUUGGUUUGAAACUUAUGAACUUUUUUAUCCACCUGAAAGUUUUAAAUAAAAUAUAUUUUAUGAAAAAAAAGCAGUUCUUUUCCUGAUUCCCCAAUUCUUGUUGGGACAAUCAAAUACAAUUGUGCCAUGAAAAGUGAUAUUAUAUUUCCGAUUGUGAUGACUGGAACACUGAGGUAUACUGAUGAAAUGUUUCCUUCUGGGACCCACUAACUUUUGAGACCUUUCUCUUACAAGCUGGGUUCAAACGGGUUCAAGUGCAGAUUGAAAAUUAUAUAAAAGACAAAAUUGUAAACCGUUUUUUGCUUGACAUCUAAAUGCUGAAAUAACAACUGUAUUUAAUCUUGUGCUCCAUUUGCAAAUAUAUUUU